CCCAGGCCCCGCCUCCUCGGGCUCCUGCAACAUUGUAGCCGCCGCCGCUUCCUUCCUAAGCCGCUGCCCCCCCCACCCCACCCCAAACAACAGACCCCGGAUCCAUGCUGGUCCGGAGCGCCGUCGUCCCGGCCCCCCCGGAUGGGGGCUGGGGCUGGGUGGUGGUCUUGGCUGCCUUCCUCCAGUCCGCUUUGGUCUUCGGCGUUCUGCGCUCCUUCGGCGUUUUCUUCGUGAAGUUUGUGGCUCAUUUCCAAGAAUUGUCCGGACGGAUCUCCUGGAUCACUUCCAUUGGGAUCGCCGUGCAGCAGUUUGCUAGUCCGGUGGGAACUGCCCUGAGUUCCCGCUACGGAGCUCGGCCCGUGAUUAUGGUUGGUGGGUUUCUCUCCGGCCUGGGUCUCCUGUUGGCAUCGUUUGCUACCCGGUUGGUGCAUUUAUACCUCAGCAUUGGCCUCCUUUCAGGCUUCGGCUGGGCCUUGGUCUUCACGCCGUCCGUGGCCUCCGUAGCUCGCUACUUCAAGAGGCGCCGGACGCUGGCUACCAGUUUGGCCCUCACCGGCGUGGGAAUCUCCUCCUUCGCUUUCUCACCUCUCUUCCAAUUCCUGGUGGACACCUACGCCUGGCGGGGCGCCCUGAUGAUCGUGGCCGGCAUGUCCUUCAACCUCGUGGUUUGCGGCGCUCUGAUCCGGCCCCUGACCCUGAAGGACGACGUGUCCGGUGGAAAGCUGACGGGACCGAGUUGGAAGACGGUCUCCAAUCUCUUCGGCCUGCAGCUGCUUUCCAACUGCCCGUUCAUGCGGUUUGUGGUGGCCAUCACCCUGGUCAACACAGGUUAUUUCAUCCCCUACGUCCACCUGGUGGCCCGGGCGCGAGAACUAGGCUUUGACGAAUACCAGGCUGCCUUUCUGAUGUCCCUCACGGCCGUGGCCGAUCUUUGCGGUCGCCUCUUCUCCGGCUGGCUGGGCAGCUACAGGUCGUUGCGGUUGAUCCACCUGCUGGUGGCCUGGACUUUCUUGACGGGAAUCUCCUUGUUGCUGAUCGCUUGGGGUCACACUUACCCGCUCCUCGUGGCUAUCAGCCUCGGCUACGGAUUCUUCUCGGGAGCCCUGACGCCCGUGGUCUUCUCCAUCAUUCCGGAGAUCGUGGGCAUCGAGAACAUCUUCAGUGCCAUGGGGCUGCUGCAGAUGAUCGAAAGCAUUGGGGGGCUCUUGGGGUCCCCCCUGUCAGGUUGGCUGCGAGACCUCACUGGCAACUACGCAGCCUCCUUCCUCGCCGCCGGCUCCUUCCUUUUGGCCGGGAGUCUCGUCCUGGCGACGGUGCCCAGUUUCUCCACCUGCCUGGCCCAGCCGGAUUGGCACGAUGCCCGGCUUGGCAGGGAGACCGGGGAUGACAGCCGCUUGACCUCGGUGGUGCCUCCCGCAGACCUCUCUCCCGAAAAGUGCCCAGGGGGGCCGGCGGCCGAGCAGACCCCCUUGAAGAGCUGAGUGGCCGCAGGAGUCCAAAGGUGGACGUGAAUCCAAAGCGGACCAGAACACGUGUGGGGCUGUGUGUAAUUGAGUGUGUAAAUGUGCGUGCAAGAACGAGGGGUUAUUCGUCGCAGCGACGUAAAGCCACGUGUCUCUACAGAUUUACCUCCCGGUGCCUUGAACCAGGGAUCGCCCUUUUAAGACAGGUGGACUUCAACUCCCAGAAUUCUCUGCUGGCUGGGGGAUUCUGGGAGUUGAAGUCCACAAGCUUUAAAGGAGCCGAACUUGGAGUCUCCUGCCUUAAACCUCUUUAUCUGCAAAAGAGCGGGUUUUUAGGAAAAUCGAACCCGGAACGCGGAAACGAAUGCCUUCUGUUCAACUGGGCAAACCCCGCGGGCGCAGGCUCAUGAUGCCGGUCCCGAUGGACUCCCUAACCCCGUGAUGACAAAUCUAUGGUAUGCAUGAGACCGGAAGUCGGGAAAGGGACCGUUUCCGGCUUUCGGAGCACAUUCGGGGAAGAGGGGGAACGCCAUUUUCGCCCUCCCCGGGCUCCUAGAAAGGCUCUGGAGCCUGGAGAGGGCAAAAAAUGGACCUACUGGGCCCACCGUACCAUCGCGUGCCAAAAGCGGGGGGAGCCCUACCCCUCCUCCACAGCCCUGGGAUGAGAUGCCCCGGGUCUUGCUACCAGCUUUCUCCGUAGGGAUCCUGUUUCAAAUGGAUCUUCCCUUGAUUGUCUUUGGGGGGAGGGCUUCACUGGGGCCCUUGAGGGCGUCCGCCCACAGCAAGACCCUUCCUCCCCCAAAACUGCUGUUAGCCAAAUGUGGGCGCAGUCCCUGGGAUUGGAGAAGUUAAAAUCCAGCCAGGGUGGCCAAAUCUCUCAGCCGAAACCUGCCUCAGACGCCUCGGUUCCCGUCACCCUCAGCAAUGGGGUCUCACUUGGUUUGGGUCCAAGCUGUCCCACGGGGUUUCUGGCUUAACUUCCGCUUCUUUUCCCGAAAUAUUCCCUGCAGAAAUUCCCUUGCAGAAAUUCCCUUGUCCAAAUUGGUUUGCAGAAAUUCGCUUGCGGAAAUUCUCUCCAGCAAAUUCACUUGCGGAAAUUCUCUUGUGCAAAUUCGCUUGCAGAAAUUCCCUUGUCCAAAUUGGUUUGCAGAAAUUCGCUUGCGGAAAUUCUCUUGUUCAAAUUCACUUGCAGAAAUUCUCUUGUGCAAAUUCGCUUGCAGAAAUUCCCUUGUCCAAAUUGGUUUGCA